UGCUAGGCUGAUAGGGAGCCAGGAGCAUUUGGCACCCCCUGCUGCCCAGCCCCGCCCUCGGGCCAGCCCUUGCUGACUUGGUGGCCACCUCUGCUCACCCGAGGCCAUGUAGGCCCCCCAAGCUCAGGCCUCUGUGGAUACAGCGCCGGGGGACAGCGCCUCUGCUCUCAGAGGACCCAGCCCACCACCAUGCCCUGGGGAUUCGUCUGGGUACACUAUCUUGGGAUCCUCCUGGGCAUGACCUUGGGGAACGAGGGCCCGGAGGUGUGGCCUUUGGCCCACAGCAAGGACUGCAUGGUCACUGGCUUCCUGAGGGACAAGCUACAAUACAGAAAUCGGCUUCAGUACAUGAAACACUACUUCCCCAUCAACUACAGGAUUGGCGUGCCUUACGAGGGGGUGCUCAGAAUCGCCAACAUCACCAGGCUGCAGAGAGCCCGGGUAAGCGAGCAGGAGCUGCGCUAUCUGUGGGUGCUGGUGAGUCUCAGUGCAGCUGAGUCGGUACAGGAAGUGCUGCUCGAGGGCCACCCAUCCUGGAAGUACCUGCAGGAGGUGCAGACGUUGCUGCUGACUGUCCAGCGGAGCCUCCUGGACGUGGAGGUCAGCCCCAAGGUAGAGGCCGUGCUGUCCCUCCUCAACGCUCCCCGACUCAGCCUCAAGCUGGUGCGGCCCAAAGCCCUGCUGGACAACUGCUUCAGGGUCAUGGAGCUGCUCUACUGCCCAUGCUGUAAGCGGAGCUCCGUGCUGAACUGGCAGGACUGCGAGGCGCUGGACCCGCCGCCACCCCAUGGCCCCGAGCCCUCGCUGCAGUGUGCGGGCCCCCGGCUGUCCCCCACCUCCGUGCCCGGUCCUCCGGACGCCCACGCGGGACGCCAGGCUCCGUGA